AUCGAUACUAUUGUGAAUGCUGCUAAUGAAAGUUUGAUGGGAGGAGGUGGAAUUGAUCAAAUUAUUCAUGCUAGAGCUGGUGAUGAGCUCAAAUUGGAAUGUAAAACUAAAUAUUCUCCAUCUUGUCUGAAAAUGAAAGGUUCCAUUACCUAUGGAAAUGAUGAAUUGGAAUAUAGAUGUGCCACUGGAGAGGCUGUCAUUACUCAAGCACAUAAUUUGAGUGAGAAAUGUCAAUAUAUUAUUCAUACAGUUGGACCAUAUUUGGAUGAAAAUGGAAAUACUCAACCAGAACUAUUAUCAAACUGUUACAAUUCAUGUUUACAGUUAGCUAUGGAAAAUAAUCUGAAAUCUAUUGCAUUUCCUUGCAUUAGUACUGGAUAUUAUGGUUAUCCAAUCGAAGAAGCUUGUAGACUAGCUCUAAAAAUAGUCAAAAACUUUCUUCAUUCACAUCUGAAUAAGCAAUCAUCUUUGAGGCAUAUCAUUUUUGUAAUUUUCAAUGAUUUGGAGUUUGAAAUUUACAAAAUUUUAUUU